UCCAAAACUCUGUUUAAUUUUUAGCUUGUUCGAUCCAAAUCUGUUAAUCUCUUCCCCACUCUAGAAAACAAUAACAAGUCCGAAACUUGUCUUUGUAUCAAACAAAAAUCUUCUGUUGAUGAAGUUGCUGUGUUCAUCAACCAUGGAUCUCUUCAGAGCAAGGGAUUUAUUUUUUCAUCUAUUUAUUCUCUUCAUUUGCCAACCAUUGGUUUCUAGUCAAGAUGCUAAACCUGGCAAUGUUGCUGACUUGUUUAAGAGAGUUUCAGAAAAUAUUCAAGUGAAACGUUUUAGCGAAGCACUUAAUGAUCUCAAUACUGUUUUGGAGGAUGAUCCAAACCAUUCAGAAGCUUAUUUGCGACGUGCAUCAGUUCUUCGUCAAUUAUGCAGAUAUGAGGAGUCUGAGGAAAGUUACAAAAAGUAUCUGGAGUUAAAACCUGGAGAUUCUGCAGCAGAAAAGGAACUUUCUCAGUUGUCGCAGGCUAAGAAUGCAUUAGAAACGGCACUUAAUCUGUUUGAUUCUAAGGAAUAUGGAAAAGCCUUGGAUUACGUAGAUAAAGUAGUCCUUGUGUUCUCAUCUUCAUGUAUAAAGGCUAAAAUACUUAAAGUAAAGUUGAUGUUAGAAUUGAAAGACUACUCGGGAGCUAUCUCAGAGUCUGGAUUUAUCCUUAAAGAAGAUGAGAACAAUCUUGAUGCAUUAUUGAUACGCGGGCGUGCUUACUAUUAUCUGGCAGAUCAUGACGUUGCUUUGAAGCAUUAUCAAAAAGGUCUCAGGUCAGAUCCGGAGCAUAGUGAACUGAAGAAAACAUAUUUUGGACUGAAAAACCUAUUGAAGAAGACAAAAAGUGCAGAAGAUAAUGAGAGUAAGGGUAAAUUCCGUAUGGCAGUGGAGGACUUCAAAGCAGCUCUUGCCAUGGACCCUAAUCACAGUGCUCAUAAUGUACAUCUUUAUCUUGGUUUGUGUAAAGUUCAGAUCAAGCUUGGCCGUGGCAAAGACGCUCUGGAUAGUUGCACAGAAGCACUUAAGAUUGAUGAAGAGUUGGUUGAAGCUUUAGCCCAGAGGGGUGAAGCUAAGCUUUUAACUGAGGACUUGGAGGGAGCUGUUCAAGAUCUGAAAGAAGCAUACCAAAAAUCAUCCCAGGACAUGAGCAUCCGGGAAUCAUUAAUGAAGGCCGAAAGAGCAUUAAAGAUGAGCAAGCGCAAGGACUGGUACAAGAUCUUAGGAAUUUCCAAAACUGCAUCUAUACAAGAGAUUAAGCGCGCUUACAAGAAGCUUGCUUUACAAUGGCAUCCAGAUAAGAAUGUUGAUAAUAGAGAGGCAGCUGAAGAGAAAUUCCGAGAAAUAGCUGCUGCAUAUGAGGUGCUAGGGGAUGAUGAAAAGAGGGUGAGAUUUGAUAGAGGGGAAGACAUGGAAGAUAAUAUGGGAAUGGGUGGAGGUCAUGGUGGUUUCAACCCUUUUGGUGGCGGCGGUGGUGGUGGACAACAAUAUACCUUCCAUUUUGAAGGAGGUUUCCCUGGUGGUGGAUUUGGAGGAUUCGAUGGAUUUUGAUCCCAAACGCCUCCUUAACAUAUUGGUAGCGAAAUGAGCUGGGCGACCAGAGAAUUUAGCAGCGGCAGCAAUCGAGGAGGUGCCAAGAAUCCCAUCUGACUUGACUGCUAACAAGGUUAUGAGAAAAAAGGCUUUGUUUAGACAGUGAGAGUUUUUUGUAGUUCGCCACCAGUUUCAGUGGUAAGGCCAUGGAAAUGUAUGAAUUGGUUGAUAUAGAGUCCACUUAAAUCUUUUUGUGCCGUUAGUGCUGCCAUGAGAGGGUUGUAAAAUCGUAUAACAAAGAGUAAUUGUAUCCAAUUUGUAGCAUUACUGGGAAAGAAACAUUAAAUUGACUCAGCCAAGCUUCGUCUUUUUUACUUUGCCUGUAGAAUAGAGAAGAUGUAGAAACACCCUAAUGGAAGAUGGUAUUUGUAAUCAA